AUGGAGCUCUUUAUAGAGGAGGAUGUGUUCUGCCUCAUCUACGGAUACGUCUACAGCGAGCAGUUAGAGGGCUACGCUACAUACAGGUCGGCACACCACCACAAACAAGCAGCGCUAGAGGAGAUCGCUACGCAGGGGGGAGAUGCUUGUGCAUGGCCAACAGGAACAGCUACGAGCUAUCGGCGGUGGUGGGGGAGCGAUGAUGGAGAGCCUGUGGCGUUCAUGAGUGUAGAACGGUGGGAAAGAGGACGCUUAGCUUACGCUUGGGGACAGAGGGAGCUGUCAGGGCCGCAGGCUGACGUGAAACAGCGUACACGGCGAUGCGGAUCAGCGUUGGAAAAUGCAGCCUUCUCCGCCUGCGGAACGCGUUCAGAUAGACGACGGACAGAGCUACUGCAGCGUGGCCAUUGCGGAGCAAGCCCUUUGUGCGCGCAUGCGUGCAUGCGCCGUAAAAUAUAUUUAUUUGUACGAUACGCGUUAGUCUUAGGCGGGGUUGCGAUGCAUCAUGGGUUGAACAGGCGCACUACUAUCGUUUUGGAUGGGCAACCGUGGUGGCCGCUUGUCGAUGCUGCCAGCUAG